GAGGAGCGGAAGUUGAGGAAGUCGUGUAAUAGAUCGGGGAAUGAAGAGACUGUGUUUGUUCCAACGGUGCGCCGCUCCAGAGUUCAGGAAGCGUCAAUAAAACCAUCCUGAUACUAAACACACGCACUCACUGGCGCGCACUUAUCAGGACUGUGACUCAAGACUGGAUCAGGACACUUUUGCAUUAUGCAUUCGGACUGCAGGCUGCUGGGAUGGACGCGUCGGUAAUGGUAGGCAGAGGGACCGGGGGGGCUGCGGUCUUCAUCCUGAUCGUCUUCAUUUUACUCCUCGGUGCCAGAAGCUCGCGGGCGCAGAAGGGGGACGGCUGUGGACACACAGUGCUGGGUGUGGGCAGUGGGAGCCUGGCAUCUCUGGGGUACCCUCUGUCCUAUCCCUCAAACUCUGUGUGUGAAUGGGAGAUCAGCGUGACCACCGGACACACAAUCCUUGUGCGCAUUGCGGCUCUUGACAUAGACACAAACAACUGCCAAGUUUCUUACCUGCGACUCUAUAAUGGCCACGGACCGGGGCGAACGGAAAUUGUGAAGUUUUGUGGAGGGAAAGAAUGGAAAGACGCUGUCAUACAGUCGGAGGGGCAUCAGGUCACAGUGCAGUUCAUGAGUGGACCACACAACAAUGGCCGUGGCCUCUUCCUCUCCUACACCAAAAGCCAGCACACAGUGCUUGAAGACCUUCUGGGAAGUUCAGCUUACGAGUUUGGAAGUCGUGAUUUCAGCAUGAUGUGCAUUCGAUCUUCUCCUCUCUGUCUGGCCGGUGUUCAUGCGGGUGUGGUCUCCAACACUCUGGGGGGGCAAAUCAGUGUGGUCAGCAGCAAAGGCAUCCCACACUACGAAAGCUCGCUGGCCAACAAUGUGACAUCUGUGCCUGGAAAUCUCUCCCCAAGCCUCUUUACUUUCAAGACUAGUGGUUGCUAUGGCACUUUGGGUUUGGAGUCGGGGGUGGUCAGUGACUCUCAGAUCACAGCCUCCUCAGUGUGGGAAUGGGGCAGUCAUGGAAAGGAGCCCUCUGCCUGGGGCCCCAUGGGGGCUCGCCUCAAAACACCAGGACGUCCGUGGGCAGCAGCCAACAGUGACACAAAAGAAUGGAUUCAAGUGGACUUAAAGAAGGAGAAAAAAAUAACAGGUAUUACCACCACUGGCUCCACCCUCCAAGAAUAUCAGUUUUACGUUUCAGCCUAUGAGGUGUUAUAUAGCCAUGACGGACAGCAAUGGAAACCCCAUCAAGAAGUUGGAUCAGAUAAAAAUAAGAUUUUCCAAGGCAACACCAACUAUCUCCAGGAAGUGCGGAACAACUUUAUUCCUCCAAUUGAAGCGCGCUUCAUCCGAAUAUGUCCCUUGCAGUGGCACCAGAGGAUCACCCUUAAAAUGGAGCUGCUGGGCUGCCAACCUCAUGCAGCGAGGCCAAGAAUCUUCCAUCCAGCCCCUCCUCCCCCUCGCAGAAAAAGCACAGUGCCCCCCCUACAGGAGAGGACAACACACACACCCAACAUCCGAAACACCACCAUGCCUCCGCACUCUCACGAUGAGGUGGCUCUGGUGGCAGUGUUGGUUCCUGUAUUGGUGGUGGUUCUGACAAUGCCUGUGUUGGUCAUGGUGUGCUCGUGGCUGUGGAAGAACAGAAAAAGCCCGGAGGUGACUUAUGACCUUCCACACUGGGAGCGCACAGUGUGGUGGAAGAGUAUGAAACAGUUGCUGCCCUCUAAGUUGGAUGGAGAAGACUGUGUUCGUUACAGUUCCACGGCAAGAGUAGACCCCCGGAGACCCCGGGUGGAGCCUGCAGAAUACGCCCAACCACUUGUCACCAGUACAAUGGCCUCUCUUGGACAAAGGUCAACGUUCAAGCCCGAAGAAGCCGAUGCCCCCGAGUAUGAUGCUCCUAUUUCCCCUGAACAUUACCAUGCUUACGCUGAGCCCCUUCCUGCAUCUGGCACUGAAUAUGCCAUGCCAAUCAUGAUUGACAGAGCUAACCACCUAUCAGGAGGCACUCUACCAUUCAGGGGGCGUGGUUUAGUGGCUCGGACAGACAGCAGCCAAUCAGCAAGCUCAGCCUAUGACACACCCAAGAGCACAUCUGAUCAAGCCACACCCACAGAGGGACAGUUGUACCAAGUGCCACAGAAUACCCACAAUGCACCGUGUCAGAAAAAAGACUGACCAAUCGCAGAAGAGCGGACCCUUUUGGAAGCCCACGGCUGAACACUACCUUUCCCAGAAAUCUGCAGAUCAGAUCAGAAUUUGCCAUCUCAAAUUGUAUGCCGCGCAAGUCCUAUCACUGAAAUAACACACAGGAAUGUCAGGAGAGAGAGAACAGCAGAGAUCUCGUUACACUACUGUGUUUUGUGGGUGUUUUGUGUGUUCAUAUGUCUAAAUGUGUGUAUACGAGUGCAUAAUAUGUGGCUGUGCUCUGCUAUCAAACUGUGAGUCCUUAGAUAUCUGUGCAUUUUUCAGAGAGCGGAGAUGUAUUCGACUCGAUCGCUCGUUGUAAGGCACAUUUUUCCCUUUAGGCAAAGAUAUUUUCAACAAAACCACCCUCACGCAGAAUAACAAAUGAUCGCAUUUCAAAUGAAUAGACAAACACUCUCAUAACACUGUGAUUCACUGUCAUUUUGCACUGUUGUAUUGUAUUCUACUGUUACAUAGGUGCCUUCUUUGUGACAUAGCAACACAGGCCUGUGCUGGUUUCUCUAGUUCUGUUCCAAAACCUGGUGAGUUAGCUUGCUAUCUAUACUGCCUACAUAGACACCUGCCUUAACAAUGCAGCAUACUAACUUAUAGGGGUGCACAUCUGACAUUGGUUUUCUUAGCCAGAGAUAGAAUAUUUUCGAUCUGGUUACCGUUUAAUAGAUUCAGGGGCCUGCGGUUGAUCUAUCAAUUGUACAAUAUUAUGUGCCCGUUUUAAUUUUUUUAAAUUCAACUCACAAAUGCAGCCAAAAUAUAAUAAUUGAACUCUGAAAAUUGCAAAUUCUGUAUCUUCAACAAGAAAUCAAGUCACACAUGAGAUCAUCAGUCAUCUGAUGACAGUUCAUCAUUGACUUGUGCAAUGAUAUAAACCAUGACAACAGUCAAGAAAGUCUUUCAGUCUUCUGUGCAAAUCUAGUGUUCUGAAUUCUAAAUUAGGUACUCAGUUAUAACAAUGUACUUGUACUGGAAACAAACAACAGUCAAACAAGUUUUCUAGUAUAUAUCUUAUAGAUAUAUAAAAAUAUAAUUUUUUUUUUUUGUUGCAUCGAUGCACCGUAUCGUUAGUCACUGACUUAAGGCUUAAAUACAGAACUUUUGUCUUGGUUUUUGCCCCAAUUUACAGUCUGGACAAAUCCGUGCUAGUUGCUGAAAGUCAGAGUCAGUCUGCAGAUUUGAGGUGACUGAUUUCACAUAAAAUCAUAGUGUACGACCACAUACUGCCAGGGAUGCGCAGUUUUUCCUCUGUAACCGAAGUUAGUAAAUGUAUGAUGCCUAGUGUUUAAAAAUCUGUUUAGAUUUGAAAAGUCUUAUAGUCCUAUCCAGCUAGCAUGUUACUAGCUAAUGGUUAGCAUGUUGCUAAGCUAACACCUCAGCACCUGAGCACAAAAAUACAUUUUACACAAAUA